AAAUAUCUUAUCAAAAGUCUUGUCUCUCUGACCCCCUAGCUUCUUAGAGGAGAUGGUAAUGAAUGUGAGUUUCGAGGAGAUAGAGACGAAGAAGAAGACAUUAACUGGACUUGGACUGGGACAGAUCCUCUCCCUUCUCUCUACUUGUGUCGUCUAUUCUUCUUCUGAGCUCGCCAGAAAAGGAGUUAAUGCUCCAACAACACAAUCAUUCAUCAGUUAUAUGCUACUAGCAAUCGUCUAUGGAGGUAUCAUGCUAUAUAGAAGACAAACAAUUAAGGGAAAGUGGUAUCACUAUUGUCUAUUUGCUUUAGCUGAUGUGGAGGCUAAUUAUCUUAUGGUGAAGGCAAAUCAGUACACACCGAUUACUAGUGUGAUGCUACUGGACUGCUGGGCGAUCCCUUGCGUUUUGGUACUGACUUUUGUUUUCCUGAAAACAAAAUACAGUUUGAUGAAGAUUAGUGGUGUGGCUCUCUGUAUCAUUGGUGUUGUCAUGGUAGUCUUUUCUGACGUUCACGCAGGAUAUCGGGCAGGAGGAAGUAAUCCCGUUAAAGGAGAUAUUCUUGUGAUAGCUGGAGCAACAUUAUACGCUGUCAGUAAUACCACUGAGGAGUUCUUUGUGAAGAAUGCAAGCACUGUUGAGCUUAUGACCUUCAUGGGAUUUUUCGGCGCCAUUAUUAGUGCCAUUCAGAUAGGCAUAUUUGAACGUGGUGAGCUCAAAGGUAUUGAGUGGUCAGCUGAGACUGCUUUUCCUUUUCUUAGAUUCACUGUCACAAUGUUUCUCUCCUACUCACUACUCCCGGUUUUACUCAAGAGCAAUGGUUCAGCAAUGUUCACCCUCUCGUUACUCACAUCUGACAUGUGGGCUGUUUUGAUCCGCAUUUUCGCUUACCAUGAGAAGGUUGAUUGGCUAUACUACUUGGCAUUUGGUACUACAGCUAUUGGACUGAUCAUAUACUCAAUGAAGGAGAAAGAUGAGGAGGAGCAAAAAGAUGAGCAGAGAAAGCUGUUGGAUGAGGAGGGUGGUGAAGAGAUAUAGCAAUAUUGACUCAUUGGCUUGUGAAUCUGUUGUGAUAUAUAAUUGGCAACUGUAAAGAGAAAACUGCCUUUAUUUGAU